AUGCCUCCCGCAACGGAUGCGUCUGUGCCAUCCAAGCCAAAUGCUCGUGUGGCAAAGAACGUGCUCUGCAUUAUUGUGCAAGAGCUUAAAGCUAAUAUUGUCAUGUUGGAAAACCAGGAAAACGUCCAGCUGGUCAAUGUACCUGUGAGCGUGCCGAGUCAGAGAAUCAUCAACAUUUCACGGAAGCUUGUCCGUGUGGCAAAAGAACCUCAGGUUCACCUUGCUAACUCAAGAUAUGGUGUCCCCGUGUCCACCGUAGAUUCAUGCACUUGCGAAAGGGCCCUUGAUGCAGAGAGCUUCCGCCAUGAGACGGACUUCACCACAAGUACAUAG